AGUGUCUGUCUUAUCGCAAAUCCAACAUGGAACCGGAAGAAGAAGAGGCGGUCGAUUUGACUUCUCCAGAUUUUGACCCGGCGAAAGCUUUGUCGUCCCAGGCCGUAAGCCUUCCCGUGCCAAACGUGAGACCCUUCGAAAACCUAGCUCAGUAUGAGUCAGCCAUGAAGGGCUUAAGAGCCCGCAGGAAGGCUCCAGCAAGCACACAACAUGGCGGUCCAGAUACUGCUGGAAAGUCAGGGAGCAAGGACUCGUCCACAGAGGCGGGGCCGUCUGCUAGGUCUCUGCCUCCACUGGUGGCUACACACAGGAAACCUGCCAAAACGCUACUCACAAGGAUGACGGAAGCAAAGCAAGGCCCACUGGAUGUUCUGCGCAGCUGUAUCAGUGAGAAACGUCGGGUCAUUGUGACAACGAGAACAUUUAAAGGCCUUCGUGGGAUCUGCACUGGCUACCUGGUAGCCUUUGACAAGUUCUGGAACUUGGCAAUGGCAGAUGUGGAAGAAGUAUACCAUAAGCCACCUCUGGGCAAGAAAUUCUUCAAUGAGGAAACACUGACUGUCUCAAAGCUUUUGCAGUCGGAGACGACAUCACAGAUUGUCUCCAAAAACGAUUAUUUAAUGCAGUCUACAAGAAUGAAGGAAGAAGAGCAAAAAAGCUCAGCAGCAGCGAGAACUGAGCAAGACACUAGACACUGCAGUACUCAGUAUAAGGGACAGGGGGCAGGUAUGGACCUAAAGAGUAAUGUCAAGAAAGAGCCAGGUGACCGUGGGAGUGGAAAAGCAAGGUCCUCUACUAGAACAGAGCUGCACCACAGAAGUGAUUAUAAGGAAUCUAAAGAAAAGAGGCAUACAGAGGAACAAAGGACAGACAGACGAACUAGUUCCAAAGAUUCCAGUCUGAAAAAGCAUGGAAGAGAAAGAGACAAAGGUUCGAAGGCGGGUCCUGAAAGUUUGUCCGCCUUGGAGAGCAAGCUAACAAAUCUACAGAAGGAGUUAGCAGCAUUAGAUGCAGAGGAAAGUGAUGAGGAAGAAGACACAGUGCAGUCAACUACAGGUGAUACAGAGACACAGGGGAGAACAUCGGCAGGUGUGAAGGGAACAAAGGCAAAGACUAGGAGAAAGCCCAGGAAACAGGAGUGCCAAUUCUUCAAGAGACAUGUGAAUCAGUUAUUUGUGAGAGGAGAAAAUGUUGUGAUUGUGUCAAUAAAAGAUGCAUGACAGGCAACAAA